GCUCUUACAUCAAAUAUGUAUGGUGGAAUAUAGAAUAAGAGGGACUGAUGCAGUUCGGAAUUGUUCAAAAUAAAUCUAACAUUAUUUAUCGAUUACAUCUAUAAGUGAUAUUCUUUAAUUGCUUCAUUAUUAUGGUUUUAUUUCGAAGUAUAAUGGUGGACGAAUACAAGAACAAAUAUAUGUGGUUCCAGCAACUGUAUGCAUUCCACCAAACACCUUUCGGGAAAUGCCUCAUCGCUAUAACUGACACUACUGAUGAAGAUGUAACUUAUUUAGGAUUCGUCGAUGAGGACGAAGGUAAAGCUCUGGAAAUUCUAAAGCAGAAAUGGCCGAUGACUAAAACAUUAAAAGAUACCGAAAAUAAAACAAAGACUGUUAUUGAAAAAAUUUUUCAUUCUGACACAUCUCAUCUGCAUUCUGUUGGUGUCCUAAUGAAAGGUACAGAGUUUCAAAUUAAAGUGUGGAGAUCUUUGAUAAAUAUCCCUAAGGAAACAAUCACUACAUAUGAAAAGAUUGCGCAGAUGAUUGAUAAUCCCAAAGCUGCAAUAGCAGUGGGAAAUGCAAUUUCUAAGAAUUAUAUUGCGUACAUUGUACCAUGUCACCGUGUGAAAGGAAAGAAUGGCAGCAAUAAAUAUGCCUGGGGAGUUGAAAGAAAGGAAGCCAUCCUGGAAUAUGAAAGCCAACAUAUAUAGUAUAAUGCUAUCAUAUGAAAAGAAGGAAUGGCAACAGUAAAUAUGCCUAGGAAGUAGAAUGGAAAGAAGCUGUCUUGAAAUAUGAUAACAAACACAUAAGAUGCAUAAAAUAUUACAAAUAUUUAAUUAUUUUCUACUCAUAUAUACAUAUAUAUAAUACAUUUUUGCAUUUAUUUGCAUUCUAAAGCUUUUUAUUUUAUUUUGUAGUUACUCUUAUAUUCAAUGUAUGUUUAACUGCCAAUAGUUUGCAAAAUUCAUAUACACAUGAUUUUUUUUAUUCUCUCUGCUAUCAAGUAUUUUAAAAAAGAAUCUGAAUAAUAAAUAACCAAUUAAGAAUACAUCAUGUAAGUUCCCUAUUUUUGAUCUUAGAUAUAUAAUAUAAAUUGCAUAUAUAUAUUGGCGAUAAAGAUUUAUUUUUCUUACAUACAAUGGAUCAUGUAAAAGUACAAAAUUCUUUUCGUUAGUGUAAUAAAAUACAGUGAACACACAUCCUCUAAAGAUUCCUCUUUUGAUAUCAAAUUUUUCUUAAAAAUACCAAUUAUUGUCACAUAUAUUUACAUUUUGUUGUGUUAAGUCAGUUAUAUAGGGUUUGCUUUUUAUAGUUGAAUGGCCGCACUAGUUCAGAGUUUAUCUUUUUCUCUCCACAUUAGAAAAAGAAAGAUAAGUUCUAAACUAGUGCAGCCAAUUCAGCUAUAAAGAACAGACCUAUAAUUCUGCUAAAUACUUAUACAUAAUUGUAAAAAAAUGUAGAAAUAAAUAAAAACUAGUUUUUCAUUAUAUGCAAAUUACAUACUUCAAUAAAAAUUGAUAUUUUCCCAUCUGUACCUUAAUAGUUUCUGAUGUUACUUUGAAUUUUAUAUUUUGCGGAAAUAGCAAUAUGUAUCUAUUGCGAUUUAUCUUGAAAUUUUAUUUUAAAUAAUUUUUAUUCUGUAACACAUGUCUCACACAUUUUAUUAUUGCUUACUUGUCUUAUUUAUACAACUGUACAUCCUUCAUUAUUAUUAUAAUUACUUCAUUAUAAUUACAGAGUAAAUUUUUUUUACUAUUAUUUAUAUUAAAUACAAGUUACAUACCCAAGAAACACAUUUAUAAAAACGUGAAAUUGAAUUGUCGGCGACAUAUAAUUUAUAUUAUUAGGUAUAAUUUUCUAUAUAACUUUAUAAUUAGGCAAAAGUAAUAAAUGUAUAUUUUUUGAAAUGUGAUACUAUUGAUAUUAUACACUAAUAAAUAAUAAGUUUACACAGUAUGUACAUCUAUCUCCAUUUUUAUAUUAGUUUAACUGUGAAAGCAAGUUGGAACCAUGAAUAGCACAGAUAUAAAUUUAGUGUCAACCUUUUAUAAACGUGAUUAUAAUAAAUAUUAUAUUUUUAUGUAAUAUUAAA